GUUAUUCUCAUUGGAAAGGCCAGGUGUUGACAGCAGACGAGCUCCAUGUUCUUUAUGAAGGAAUCAAACUGAACAACGUACACCAGUAUGACUAUGUUUUAACAGGGUACACCAGAGACACAUCCUUCUUGGAGAUGGUCGUGGACAUUGUUCAGGAGCUGAAGAGAGCAAACCCCAACCUGGUGUAUGUAUGUGACCCUGUCCUCGGGGAUCAUGGAUCUAUGUACGUUCCUCAGAAUCUUUAUCCCGUCUAUAAGAACAAGGUGGUUCCUGUUGCUGACAUUAUUACUCCUAACCAGUUUGAGGCAGAAUUAUUGACGGGGAAAAACAUCAGCACAGAGAAAGAUGCUGUAGAGGUUAUGGACCUUCUCCAUGCUAUGGGCCCAGACACAGUGGUCAUCACCUCCUCUGAUUUGCCCUCCAGACUCGGAGACCGCUUCCUUGUGUCGCUGGGCAGCCAGCGCCAUGUUCGCCCGGAUGGCAGCAGGGCGACGCAGAGAGUUCGAAUAGAAGUGCCCAAAGUGGACGCCGUCUUUGUAGGAACUGGAGAUUUAUUUGCUGCUAUGCUGCUAGCGUGGACACACCACUACCCUAAUGACCUUAAGAUGGCCUGUGAGAAGACGUUUUCAGUGAUGCACCAUGUCAUCCAGAGGACCAUUUCAUAUGCCCACGAGUUGGCAGGUCCUGGUCGGAGGCCCAGUCCGCCCCAGCUGGAGCUGAGGAUGGUUCAAAGUAAAGCGGACAUAGAAGACCCUGCUAUAGUUACGGAGGCCACUGUCAUAUCCUAACAUAACGGACCCAUAAGACUCAUACUAACCCAUAAAUCUCUCAAAUCCUGUAUCUCGGUAAAUCUGUCAUCACUGUAAAACCUUGACUGUCAUCACCAAACUUCAGCACUUCAUCAUCCAGACUCCUUAAACUCCUUUAGUAUUGUAACCCCUCUUAAGUCCCGUCCCCGUUAACCCUUUACCCCUUUAAGCCGUCAGUGUCCUGAUCCUGUAAACUGAACCUUUACCUGCAACUCCUCCAAAACCAGAGUCAUGGAUCGACAGAAUGUUUGGUCAGGUUGGACUGUGGCUGUGCUGUUGUUGCAACUUCUCUCACAAGAAAUAUGAAAUCUGUAGAGUUUAAAUGCUCUGAUUCCACUUAACUCCACUUUUAUAUAACACAUAACAAGCUUCAAAUAGGUUUUUUGAAAAUGUAAAAAUACAAGGGUGCACAAGUCAGUUUGCAUCUGCCCGCCCUACUUCCUUUUACAGGAUUGUCCUGUAUGGAAAUAUUAGAAAAAUGUGUAGAAUUCAUUGUCUGCUGUACUUUCAGAAGAAAGUAAAAUACACUACAAGGUUGGUUGUAGGAUUUGUUCCCCCCCUGAGAUUUGGAUUUGUCACAGUUGACUGACACUUACUGUCGUCACCAGAGCCCUUAAAUCUAAACUCCAACUGAUUGGGACUGUUUCCUUGUUGCGUUGAGAAAAAAAAACACAACAACAUAUUUUAAUAUUAAUCCAAAAGUGAUCCAACAUCUAAGGCAAAAUGAUUUCAGCUGAUGUUGGUCAUCUUACAGUUUCUACCCUAAAUUAUUCAUCUUAAACUUUCCCUCAUUGUUCUAUUAAUACCAUUCAAUUCAACCCUUGAAAGAGUCUUAAUGUUAUCGAUGGCCCUCCACACUAGUUUCCAACUCGCACCAUUGUGGCACUUUGAAUUGCUGCUGCUACACGACUGCAACACUGUCUAUCUAUGGCUCUGCCCAACACUUUUCCACCCCCCUCCUCGUCUUACAGCAGUAGUGUAAUGGUGACCAAGUCUAACCCCAGACCCCUUCAAAAUAUAACAAAGGAGAAAAAAAACGCACAAUGUAUAGUUGAUGUAUAGAUGUUGUACUAUAACUGUAUUGGACCAUCUGUAUGAUAUCUUCUAUCUGAUCUGUCUAUUGGACCAUUGUGUUGAUGCUACUGUACUAUAGACCACACACACUACAAUAUCACCUAAACCAGAAACAUCAGGGCUGGUUCUGGCACUCCUCAGGCUCUCCUGUGGCUCCAACCUGUUUCACUUGUUAGCAUUAAGUCAAUGUCUGAUAGUGUGUGGUUGGACAUAGUCUAUCUCAUCAUCAAAAAAAGAAAAAAGCAGCUCACAGAGCUGUACAAGGUAGAUGUGAUUGACACAUCAGAAAAACGGUUACCUGCGUGUCAGAACCAGCCCACAUCAUUACGGUUCCUGGUCCAGCUCUGGCCCAGAACCCUAUAUCUGAGGGGUGUGCCACUGAACUCCUGGAGGCCUCGAGAAGUUUGUUAAAGGAGACCCUGAUCAAAACCACAGAAAAGAUCCCCCCCAUCCCCGUCUUUAAAAGUUUCUCAUAGGAAAUGUCUUUCUGAUUCACUUCACACCAAACUGUAGCUAAAACGGCUUUGAAUUUUAGUAUGAAGCCACAGUUAAUUCUACAUUAUUACUUUAAGUAUCCAUUCAUGUGUCUGUUAUUUCUCUAACCAGUAAUACUUUUGUAAAUUAUGCAAAUCAAUAAUUCCCAGAGCCAAAGAAAAGUGUUUCCCCCCAAUUUCCCAAAGACACGGUAAAACACUAUAAAGUAAAAAAUUUAAACAUUUGAGAAGCUGGAACAAGAAAAUAUGUAUUAUUUCUUAGCAAUUUAAUGUUUCAACAGAAGAUCUAUUAUCAAAAUGUUAAAGUUUCUGUAGCUAAAAGGCGCAUUUACUAGCUACUCAACUAGUUAACAUACCUGGCUACAAUGAUGCAGUCAUGUUGUGUAAUCCGAUGUUUCUGCCCUGGUUAUAUAGCCAUUUUUUUGUAACUGAUUAAAUGUAUUUAGUUUCUUCCACAGUCGAGUAUGAUUUAAGUAGGAGUACAGGACAUGUGAUGGUGGUGAUGAGCUAGUUCCAAACCUAUGAUGUUGUGAUACCUGGUUUGUGCCUUAGCCCACAGAGCUACCAGGGCACCACAGGAAAUGAGAGAUUUCAAUUUACAUCAGGAUCUUUGUCCCCCCCCCCUCAUGCUUCCUAAGUUUGAAUGUUUUUAAUAGUUUAUCUAAAGGAAACAGCUAUGAUGUCAAAUCAUGAAAAAGACACCAUCUAGAAAGUAAAAACCAAAUCAUCUGAGGCUUUAAAAAAAAAAGAAGAUCUAAAUCCAGACCAUGUCAGUGUCACACCUGAGCUGGAUGUACGUUUCUGGGCAGGCCAGUGUAAUUCUGUUCUGUUGUUGUUUCUCUAUGGACUGUACUGUGAUACUGCCUUAGGAACCUCACACUUCAACACCACAUUACUGCUCACUGAGGGAGAGAAGGGGUGGAAGGAAACAUGGGGAUGUCUGAAAUGUGUAGGUACUUUUUCACAGCAAAGUAUAGUCUUCUGCAGUGGGCCGGAAAGAAGGAAGAAAUAAGAUCGCAUAUGCGCAACUUUUCUGAUUACAGCUACAGAGAUAUUUGUAUAUUUUAAUUGAUGGGAUUUGAGUAUCCUUUAAAUUAACUAACCAUUUUUUUUAAUUAAAAAAAAUUAUAUUGCCCUCAAAAAUGUUGUUUUUUGGGAAUUUUCUGUCAAACUACUUCUGAGAUCAAAUUUACUUUCACUUUGUUACCAACCCGUUUUAUAGAGUAGAGCAUCUUAAAAUAAUAUGGAUACACCUUCUGGACUUUAAGGGGGGGUUGGGUAGGGGAGGGGAAAUGCCAUUCUCAUUUUUAAAAUUGAAAAGGUUGCUAAUGGUUUUUUUGUAUUGUUUCACUGUAGCUCUGAUUGUCAUAUCAACAACAUACUGCUGUGUCUGUGCGCUUGGCCAACCAGCUUUAAGCUCUAUGAUCAACAUGUGCACUUUCCAAUCCUCUGCUUCCUGCCAACAAAACCAGUCCGCUGUGUUAUUGGGUCAAAAUGUGUCUGUAGGUGCCUGUGCGUUCUGUGUUUGAGAGAGUGUAUACGUGUAUAUAGAUGUCCUUUAUGGUCACAGGGUUCUGUGUGUGUGCGUGUGUGUGUGUGUGUGUGUGUGUGUGCGCGCGCAUGUGAGAGGAGGAGAGUACAAGAAAAGACAGGAAUAGUGCACAUGAGGAGAGGAGGGGAGGUAUGUUGAAGAGGACAAUCAUUCUGUGAUGUAACGCAGUGUUGGAUGAAUCCAUUUACCCCUAUCUGCUAAAAAAAAAAAAAAAAAAAAAAAAGAAGGGGGGACUCAACCUUAGACAUGUUUCCUUGAUGCCUCACAUCUCCUCUUUCUCUUCCUCCCCAUCUGACCAUUCACAUAAAAAAAAAGCCUCCAGUGCUGUUUGUUGGGUCUGUAGCGAUAGUGUUUAAACCUUAGCUUUGCUGUGUGUGUGUGUGUGCGCGUGUGUGUGUGUGUGUUUGUGUGUUAGGUGGUUAAACUUGUACCCUGGCUUCCCCCCAACAGCUCCGCUAGUUUUGUCACUACUAUCCCUGCUUCCCCUGGCCUCUCAUCUUCACCUACUUGCUGUCUUUUGCAGAACAACUUAACCUCCCUGUUAAAAAACAACAACAAAAAAAACCUGUUCACCUACUCGCUCACCUUGCCUAAGUAACUUUUCAUUUGUCUUAACUGCUUUCGCCAUCUUGUUUAAUAACAACGCGUCUUAUAUUCCUUCUGCUAAACAUCUAGCUUGAGCUGCAGGCGCUCUUUGUCAACAACAUUUAUACACAAUAUUUGAGAUUCAGAAAUGUCUCGGCUUGUGACUCAUGUUUUAAAAGGGUUACUGGGAAACAGCUGUUUCCAAACUUAAACAAAAUGAAUCAACUAUGAAAAAAAAAAUAAGCCACAUUAAAUCUCAAGUUUUAGUUUAACUUGGAGAUAAAGUUCAGGUUGGCACUUUCUAAAUGAAGCUUAUCUGUUGCUGGUUUCUCCGAAGUUGCUUAACCCAGAUUUGAAGAGUUUUGUUUUUUUAAUUCAGAAACACAAACAAUAUUAACACUCAACGGUGUAUUUCUCUUCCUCUAAUGUUAUUAUACAUGUUUUAAUGUACAGCGUAUGUUCAGAUCACUAAUUGGUAAGGUACCUUUAGAAAGCUAAUGUUACUGCAGUCCUGCACAUUAAGCUAGCUAACUGUAUGAAACAGGUACACAUUGUUACUGUGUUUUGCAUCCUGUUGGUCCUACCACUACUUAUUAUGAGGAGAUUCAGUCUUAAAAUGCGACGAGCUGGUUAAACCUGCUGCUGGUUCCUGAUGAACUACUAAACUCUGCUGCCGAGAAAUCAGCAUUAAAAGAAAACAACUAGAAAAAGAGAGGGUGUAUAUUUGUUUGAGAAUUCAGAACAUUCACAGUUGAUAGUGACGGUGCUGCCUGAACGUAUCUUGGUUAUGGACCUAAUAUCACUUUGUUAGUUUUGUCUAAUUCAACAAAUACUGUCAGGAUCUUCACCUCUGUCUGUAACUUAGCUGGACUAGAGGGACCUCACAUGUGCUUGCUGCUCUCCAUUCUCCUCGCUUCCCUCCCUUCACGUCCCCCCCCCCUCUCUGUACCUGUCAUGAUAAGGUCCCCACCCUCCCCUCAUCUCCUGCCCGUUUUUUUUUGGUUACAAAAUGGCUGCCACUCAAAACUGCGAUGGCCCAACCAUCUGUGCCCAACAGUGGUCCCCUCCUCUCCUCCUAAUGGACAGCUUCAUCUCCUCAAUCUUGUUUUUUUUUUUUUUUAUGUUCUUGGUGGCCAAAAACAAAUCAAGGAAAUGUAAUAAUCAUUGUUUGGUAACUGUUUUUAGUGCUAUGUUUUUGGAGCGUUACGAGUAUUUUCUAACAUGUUACAAUAAAAGAUUGUAGUGUACAAAUUCACAUUUAUAAUAUAUAUAUAUAUAGAUAUAUGAGAAAUGUAUGUUCUAAUGCAAUAAAGAGAGAUUAAGAAUUAUG